AGUGCGCGACUGCGCAGCGCGGGGUCAGGGGUCAGGGGUGACGGAGCGCCGGGGAGUCAUGUCCUACUGCCGGCAGCAAGGCAAAGACAAGGUCAUUUUCGUGACCAAAGAGGACCAUGAAGCCCCGAGCAGUGCAGAGCUGAUUGCUGACGAUCCCAAUGACCCUUACGAAGACCAAGGUCUCAUUUUGCCAAACGGCGACAUCAACUGGAACUGCCCGUGCCUGGGGGGCAUGGCGAGCGGGCCGUGCGGGGAACAGUUCAGAUCGGCCUUCUCCUGCUUCCAUUACAGCAAGGAGGAGGUGAAAGGCGCCGAGUGCCUGGAACAAUUUAGAACAAUGCAGGAAUGCAUGCAGCGGUUUCCCGAGCUGUACCCGCAGGAGGACGAGGAGGGGGAGGAAGAGCGGGAGAUGAGCAAACCUCCGUCGGGAGAGGAAUCGCCGUCGGUGCAGGAGCAAGUGUCCAGUUAAUAUAUAAUCCAGGGAGAUCACCCCUCCUCUGUCUCUCACUCCCUCUUCCCUGGCAUCUCCAAGCACAAGGUGGUGAAGUUGUAAUCAACUGCAUUUGGGCCUUCUUUUAGACCAUGUUGGCUGAUACACGCGUCAUCCUGGCUUCACAGCGACGGGGUCAUUGUGAUUUGUCAAUAAACAGCACUACGGCAGUGCCUACCAAGAGCCCAGACUAUGCGGGCUAGUCUGUGUUCCUACAGUACUGUAAUUGCCAGAUCCAGUCAGGUUCCCCAUCUCUCGACGUGCUGGAAACUGUCAAUGGUGUAACAGCGAUCGCGAGGCAAUUGCAGAAAAGGUACAUUCUAGUAAAUUAAAACACCUUUUUACCUCA